UGGAGGAAGUCCGCGGCCUUCUCGGGCUCGCGCUGCCCGGGGGAUGCUGGGACUGGGUGUCCGGGCGGCUCUGGCCCGGAGGCGGCGGCGGCGGCGGUGGCGGUGGCGGCGGCGGGACCCCCGGUGUGGAGCGCCAUAUGAGACCGUUUAAGCGGAAGCAUCUUACAGCCGUCGACUGCCAACAUCUGGCUCGCAGUCACUUGGCCGUGACCCAGCCCUUCGGUCAAAGAUGGACAAACAGAGACCCGAACCACGGUCUCUAUCCUAGACCCAGAACCAAAAGAGGGACUAGAGGUCGAGGAUGCCUGGGAUACAACCCUGAAUUCUUCCUCGCUGGCCAGCAGCGACGCACCAAUGACAUGGCCAAAAGCAAUUCUGUGGGCCAGGACAGCUCUAAGGACUCGGAGGACGAGAUGAUUUUUGCUGCAGAAGGCCACUGCGCCCUGCCUCAGGGAGGUGAUGGAGCAGUACGGCCACGCUCGUCAGGGAAGCGGUCUCGGUCCUUCGAGGACGAGAGGAAUCAAGCCACAGGGACCAGUCAGUGGGAUGGGGUUUCUAGGAAGACCCCACGGCAUCAUCUGUCCCUGUCGUGCAGACGGCCCAGGGAAGGCAGGCAGGAAGCAGAGGACGGUGUGUCGUGGUUCUCUGCGCAGCCUGGAGAAUCCAGCCAGGAGGUGGAGGACAUUGGUCCUGAUCCUGUUCCUGACUCUUACUAUGGGCUUCUUGGGACCUCGCCCUGCCAGGAACCCCAGAGCCACAUCUGCAGCCUGCCCAGUGAGGUCCUGAGGCACAUCUUUGCUUUCCUCCCCAUGGAAGACCUCUACUGGAAUCUGAGCUUGGUGUGCCACUUUUGGAGGGAGAUAAUCAGUGAUCCACUGUUCAUUCCUUGGAAAAAGCUGUAUCACCGAUACCUGAUGAAUGAAGAGCAAGCUGUCAGCAAAGUGGAUGGCAUCCUCUCGAGCUAUGGCAUAGAGAAGGAGUCAGACCUGUGUGUGCUGAACCUCAUCCGCUACACAGCCACCACUAAGUGCUCCCCGAGUGUGGACCCUGGACGGGCGUUGUGGAGUCUGAGGGAUCACCUCCUCCUCCCCGAGGCAGAGGCCUGCGUGCGCCAACACCUCCCCGAUCUCUACGCUGCCCCUGCCGGUGUCAACGUGUGGGCCUUGGUGGCGGCCAUCAUCCUCCUGUCCAGCAGCGUCAAUGACAUCCAGCAGCUGCUCUUCUGCCUCCGGCGGCCCAGCUCCACAGUGACCAUGCCAGACAUCACCGAGACUCUGUACUGCAUUGCCGUGUUGCUCUACGCCAUGAGGGAGAAAGGGAUCAACAUCAGCAAUCGGAUUCACUACAACAUUUUCUAUUGCCUGUAUCUUCAGGAGAAUUCCUGUGCUCAGGCCACAGAAGUCAAAGAGGAACCAUCGGUCUGGCCAGGCAAGAAAACAACCAUCCAGCUGACACAUGAACAACAGCUGAUCCUAAGCCAUAAGAUGGAACCUCUCCAGGUGGUAAAAAUUAUGGCAUUUGCAGGUACUGGGAAGACCUCCACCCUGGUCAAGUAUGCUGAGAAGUGGUCUGAGAGCAGGUUUCUGUACGUGACCUUCAACAAGAGCAUCGCCAAGCAGGCCGAGCUCGUCUUCCCCAGCAAUGUCAUCUGCAAGACCUUCCACUCCAUGGCCUACGGGCACAUCGGGCGCAAGUACCAAUUGAAGAAGAAGUUGAAUCUCUUCAAGUUAACCCCCUUCAUGGUCAACUCUGUCCUCGCUGAAGGGAAGGGUGGCUUCAUAAGGGCCAAGCUAGUAUGUAAGACUCUGGAAAACUUCUUUGCCUCGGCUGACGACGAGCUGACGAUUGACCACGUGCCCAUCUGGUGUAAGAACAGCCAGGGACAGAGAGUCAUGGUCGAGCAGAGCGAGAAGCUGAACGGUGUCCUCGAAGCGAGCCGACUUUGGGACAACAUGCGGAAGCUGGGCGAGUGCAAGGAGGAGGCUUACCAUAUGACGCACGACGGUACGCACGCGCCCAGUCCUGAGCCCCGCCGUGGACCCGCCUCAUUCCGAUUUCUGACUCUUCUGCCCCUUCUUGUAGGCUACUUGAAACUCUGGCAGCUCAGCAAGCCUCUGCUGGCCUCUUUUGACGCCAUCUUUGUGGACGAGGCCCAGGACUGUACCCCAGAGCCCUUACUUUCCAUCUUCUUGGUCGCAGCGAUCAUGAACAUAGUUCUGUCUCAGCCAUGUGGGAAAAUCUUCGUGGGGGACCCACACCAACAGAUCUAUACCUUCCGAGGUGCAGUCAACGCUCUGUUCACAGUCCCUCACACGCACGUCUUCUAUCUCACACAGAGUUUUAGGUUUGGUGUGGAAAUUGCCUAUGUGGGAGCUACAAUCUUGGAUGUCUGCAAGCGAGUAAGAAAAAAGACUUUGGUUGGAGGCAACCAUCAGAGUGGCAUUCGAGGUGACACGAAGGGGCAGGUGGCCCUGCUGUCCCGGACCAACGCCAACGUGUUUGAUGAGGCCGUCCGGGUGACGGAAGGAGAAGUGCCUGCCCGGAUCCACCUGAUAGGGGGGAUUAAAUCAUUUGGAUUGGACAGAAUCAUUGAUAUUUGGACGCUUCUUCAGCCGGAGGAAGAACGGAAGAGACGAAACCUCGUCAUUAAAGACAGGUUCAUCAGAAGGUGGGUGCACAGAGAGGGCUUCAGUGGCUUCAAGCGGUAUGUGACUGCGGCCGAGGACAAGGAGCUGGAAGCCAAGAUUGCGGUCGUGGAGAAGUACAACAUCCGGAUUCCAGAGCUGGUGGAAAGGAUAGAGAGAUGCCACAUAGAGGACUUGGACUUUGCAGAGUACAUCUUGGGCACUGUGCACAAGGCCAAAGGCCUGGAGUUUGACACUGUGCAUGUCCUAGAUGAUUUCGUGAAAGUGCCUUGUGCUAGGCACAACCUCGCUCAGCUGCCCCACUUCAGAGUCGAGUCAUUUUCUGAGGACGAGUGGAAUUUACUGUAUGUAGCAGUAACUCGCGCCAGGAAGCGUCUCAUCAUGACCAGGUCACUGGAGAACAUCUUGACUUUGGCUGGGGAGUAUUUCUUGCAAGCAGAGCUGACAAGUAAUGUUUUGAAGACAGGCGUGGUCCGCUGCUGCGUGGGGCAGUGCAGCAACGCCAUCCCCAUGGACACCGUGCUCACCAUGCGGAAGCUACCCAUCACCUAUAGCAACAGGAAGGAAAACAAGGGUGGGUACCUGUGCCACUCAUGUGCAGAGCAGCGCAUUGGGCCGCUGGCCUUCCUGACUGCCUCCCCCGAGCAGGUGCGCGCCAUGGACCGCACCGUGGAGAACAUCGUGCUUCCCCGGCAUGAGGCCCUGCUCUUCCUUGUCUUCUGAGGUGCAGGGAGCUCUCUCCUCCGGCCGGGAUGCUGGGCAGACUCCUGCCUCCGUGGACGGCGGCAUGGGGGGCUCCCUCCCCGAGACCGGACUCACUCACAGAGCAUCUUCUGAGGAAGAUGAAGCCGACUGGAGCUGGACUUGCCGUGUCUCCACCCCUGGAGGUAGCCAGACCCCACUGCCCCUCCUCCACCCCAGCAGGCCGGGGAUGCAGGGGAUGGUCUUUUGAUAAAAAAAAGAAAAAAGAAAAAAAAAGAAAAAUUAUGUAUUUAAACUUUUAUUACAAGGUUUCGAUUAAACAGGCAUUGUAGCACUGGCGUUCCACUGUGUGACGGCCCCUGCCUUCAGCCCUGCUGUUUCUGGACUUUCUCCUUUUCUCCUCUUACUCUUUUCAAAGCUCUGUAACUGUUCACAGUGCACACCAAGCAGAGUAGGAGGUUUAUUGUCCAGGGUGACAACUAAUGCAUCAAAAAUGAGAUUUUUCAUGCUGUGGGGAAUCACACAUGUAUAAGACACAGGGUGCGCCUUUGUCAUCACGGGGUUCACAGCCUGAACAGGGAGGCAGCGUGACAUAUAACAAGACAAGUAGAAAGUGACACUAGCUAGACACCUUGUGUUCCCACAGGUAGAACGGAAGACCAGAAAUACCUGAGAGGGAGGCGGAGUAGGCCAGCCACGUUGUGGGGGAGACAGGAGCAGGUGGAGAUGGGCAGCUGGUACCUAGUUCACUGCCUGGGGAUGCUGGGUGGAUGUCGUAAUAAAGCUGUUCUUUAUAGAGACCAGUGGGAAAACCCACGUUGCUUAGCUGUACAUGGAUCUGGUUUUUUACAUUUUUGCCAUGCAGCACUUCAGGGAUGCAGAUGGCAGGUGAGGGCAUUGCCCAGAGAGUUCACCAGCUAGUGUCUGAGCCCAGUCAGCGGAGUGGAGAGCAGACUCCUAGCCUCGUUGCGGCCGCCCCUAACCUCUCCCACGUCAGGCCUCUAGUGGAGUUUAGCGAGCAGGCCGGUGAGUAAAGCAAGGGUGCUGUUGGAUCGGGCUGGGGUGCUUGGAAAGGGUGAGGGACACAUCUGCAUAUAGCAGAGAAUUCACAGAAUGGGCCCUGAAGACAGAGGUGGGACGGGGUGCUUUCAUCUGCUCCGCCGGCAUGCCUGGCCUCGCCUCGCCUCAUUUGGUGCUUUUGGUUAACUCAGAGCAAAACAGCACGUGAAAGGAAAUGGUUUGGAUUUGGAGGUCACAGUGCUCAGAGUCGUUCAGAAGAGGGGUUUGUGGGGGUGGGUGGCAAGAGGGGCCAUGAACACGUUUUCUGGAAAUCUGCUUUUACCAACCAGAGAGGAAGCAACUUAUUUAUUGGGGAGAAGUCAUGAAUUCUCUAGACCUUCUCAGAGCACCUGAUGUGGGGCAGGGCCCUGGUCGCGGGUGUCUGCAGUCAGCCGUGGUCCUGACUUGGAGAGGUGACAGUAAGAGGUGUGAUGCGUGUGGGGUGUUUGGAGGCAGGCCGCUCGGGUGUGGGGCAGAGGGCGUCCGGAGAGGGAGCCGCACUGCUGCUCUGGGGCGGGAGGGGUGUCUCUCUCAGAGGUGAGGUCGGAGGGCCACCAAAGCGGGUGGUGCUGGAGUUGUUUUUAAUAACAGGGUGAGUCGUUAGCUAUUAAAGAAGAAAAGAAUAUUCUAGAAAGAAGGAAAAACAUGAAGUGUUGGUGGUCA